AUGAAAUAUCGUAUAGUGCUGGCAAGGCAUUUUCGCGGACAAACAUUAUUUUUCCCACAUAAUAUGGAUUUUCGUGGACGUGUUUAUCCUAUUUCGCCGUACCUGAGUCACAUGGGUGAUGACGUCAAUCGAUGUAUACUAAAGUUUGCUAAAGGGCGCCCAUUAGGAGAUCGCGGUCUGUACUGGUUGAAACUCCACUGUAUAAACCUCACGGGUAAAAUGAAGAGGGACAGCAUCAAAGAUCGUAUCAUUGCUGCAGAUCAACAAUUGGAUGACAUAUUGGAUUCAGCUAACCAUCCGCUUGACGGAAAGGGAUGGUGGCUGGAGUCAGAAGAGCCUUGGCAGACGUUAGCGGCAUGUAUGGAAAUUCGUGAUGCACUCGCUUUUCCAGGAAAGACUGAGAACUUCGUGAGCCAUCUGGCUGUGCAUCAGGAUGGCAGCUGCAACGGUUUGCAGCAUUAUGCAGCACUAGGACGUGAUGAAGAAGGUGGCAGAGAAGUCAAUUUGCUGAAAAGCGAAACGCCUAAUGAUGUGUACUCUUCAGUAGCACUGAGAGUCGACAGAAAAGAAGGCUUGAAGACGAGAAAGGUGGUCCGAACAAGGAAAUUGCACUGCGACUCAGAAAGUUCAUGCCGCAACCUGUCCCGCGGAAGGAUCAUCAAGCAAUACAGUGAUGACGACCAUUUGUUAGGGGUUACGUUAUAUGGCGCUGCCUUGCAAAUUAAACGACAGUUGAAAGCUCUCGACAUAGAUAACGAAGAGACAGCGAAAUUUGCACAGUAUUUGACACAUAAAACCUUUGCCAGCCUGCAUGAUGCAUUUACUUGUUCAAUGACUGGUUCAGAGACUGUGCCAAAAGGCGUGUCUGACCUGUUACGCACUAUGGAAUGGGUCACCCCUCUUGGACUACCGGUUGUACAGCCGUAUGUGAUUGCCAAGGAGAAGAAGGGAAAAGUCAUACAUGUUCCUGUGUCGACUAAACAGGUGUCUGAAUCUGCUUUACCUGCUCAGUGCACUUGUGCUGUUACUAGCAACUAG